AUGGCAAUGGCACCAGUAAUAAAGCUGGUUCUAGGCUCAUUAGCCUUUGCAAUUUUCUGGGUUUUAGCUGUUUUUCCCUCUGUACCAUUCUUACCAAUUGGUCGAACCGCUGGUUCUCUGUUUGGUGCAAUGCUAAUGGUUAUCUUCCGAGUCAUAACCCCUGAACAAGCUUAUGCAGCCAUUGAUCUUCCGAUUCUUGGUCUUCUCUUUGGAACAAUGGUUGUUAGUAUCUACCUUGAAAGAGCUGAUAUGUUUAAGUACUUAGGCACAUUGCUCUCUUGGAAAAGCAGAGGACCUAAAGAUUUGCUGUGUCGUGUCUGUCUUGUUUCCGCGGUUUCGAGCGCUCUUUUCACUAACGAUACAUCUUGUGUUGUUUUAACCGAAUUUGUGUUGAAGAUCGCUAGGCAAAAGAACCUCCCGCCUCACCCGUUUCUGCUCGCUUUAGCUACGAGCGCGAAUAUUGGAUCCUCCGCUACUCCCAUUGGGAAUCCGCAGAAUCUUGUUAUCGCGGUUCAAAGCAAGAUUCCGUUUUGGGAGUUUCUUCUCGGUGUUUUUCCCGCGAUGAUUGUCGGGAUUACUGUCAAUGCUUUGCUUCUUCUAGCUAUGUAUUGGCGGUUAUUGUCUGAUCAUAAAGAUGACGAAGAAGAAGAGGAGGAGAAUGUGGUUUCUGAAGUUGUUGUUGAAGAAGAUGUUACAUCUCAUCGGUUUUCGCCAGCUACAUUACCGCAUCUCAGCUCUUUUAGAUCCGAAGAAUUGAACUUGAGAAUGGAUCCUGAGACGCUCAGAAACAGAGCGGUUUCUUCAGGUGAGAGCGAAACCAUAAACCGCUAUUCAAAUGCGUCAAGAGAACAAACCGACGCAGAGUCCCAAGGAGAGAGUACUAGUAAUAACAAUAUGUUCUUCCAAACCAAGAAAUGGAGAAGAGUUUUAUGGAAAGCAAGUGUUUACUUAAUCACACUAGGAAUGCUAAUAUCUUUGCUUAUGGGUUUAAACAUGUCUUGGACUGCAAUUACCGCGGCUCUAGCUCUCGUUGUUCUUGAUUUUAAAGACGCUAGGCCGUCUCUAGAGAAGGUAUCUUAUUCGCUUCUGAUAUUCUUCUGCGGGAUGUUCAUAACCGUUGAUGGAUUCAACAAAACCGGUAUCCCUACGGCUCUAUGGGAUCUAAUGGAGCCAUACGCCAAAAUCGAUCAGGCCAAAGGAACUGCAGUGCUCGCCAUUGUGAUUCUUGUCCUCUCCAAUGUAGCCUCCAAUGUACCGACUGUGCUUUUGUUGGGAGCAAGAGUGGCGGCAUCAGCCGCGGUUGGGGAGGAAGAGAAGAAAGCGUGGUUGAUACUGGCGUGGGUGAGUACGGUGGCUGGAAACUUGACGUUGCUUGGUUCAGCGGCUAACUUGAUAGUGUGUGAGCAGGCUCGUAGAGCAGUGAGCCAUGGAUACACACUCACUUUCACUAAACACUUGAAGUUUGGUUUACCUUCAACACUCAUCGUUACUGCCAUUGGUCUUCUCCUUAUCAACUAA